UAUCCCUUAUAAAAGCCAAAAAGAUAAGGAGAGACAAUUUAGCUUUGCCUCACAUGCUUUCACACUUUCUCAUACAAAACCAACAACCACAAGAAAAGCACAAAGCCUAAAAAAACUCCUAUUAAUUCCCUUCACUUCUAUCCCUUACCACAAAACACACAACUAAAAAACACUACUUCUCUUCUUGAUACUUAAUGAAACCCAAAAAUUCAUAAUCUAUACUUAUCCAUCUUUGAUCUUUCAAAAAGAGUGAAAAUGAGGACUAAUGUUAGUUUCCAACAGGCACUAACUGUUGAAUCUUCAAGUAUAGUGAAACAAGCUUUGAACUUAGCUAAAAGAAGAGGACAUUCACAUGUAACUCCUCUUCAUGUAGCAAGUGCAAUGUUAGUUUCUUCUUCAUCGACGCUUUUAAGAAAAGCUUGUAUUCAAUCACAUUCUCAUCCAAUUCAGUACAAAGCUCUUGAACUUUGCUUCAAUGUGACACUCAAUAGGCUUCCUACCUCUGCAUCUAAUCCGAUUCUCGAACCUCAUGUUCACCCUCCUUUUCUUUCUAAUGCCUUAGUUGCUGCAUUUAAAAGGGCACAAGCCUAUCAACGUCGCGGUUCAAUAGAGAAUCAACAACAACAACAGCACCUCAAAGUAGAAAUUGAGCAGCUGGUUAUUUCAAUUCUUGAUGAUCCUAGUGUUAGCAGAGUCAUGAGUGAAGCUGGUUUUUCUAGCAUCCAACUAAAAACCAAUGUAGAACACGCUAUUUCUUCCGAAAAUAGCACAAAACCCAUGGUCAUAGCAUCAGGAAAUGACCUCAAAUUGUCACUAUGCAAAUUAGGUGAUGAUCCAAGUGUUAGCAAAGUCAUGAGGGAAGCCAGUUUUUCUAGCAUCCAACUAAAAACCAAUGUAGAACACGUGAUUUCUUCGGAGAUUUCUUGCAAAAAUAGCGCAAAACCAAUGGUCAUAGCACCAAAUAAUCUCACAUUGUCACUAUGCAAAUCAAGUGAUGAUCAAAUCAAGAUUGAUGCUGAUGUGACGAGUGUUAUAGAAGCAAUGAUGAACAAAAAAAGGCAAAACACAGUUAUUAUAGCGGAGUGUUUAACCAAUGCUGAAGGAGUCGUUAGAGGAGUUAUCGAUAAGUUUGAUAAAGGAGAAGUAUCAUCACACAUGCAACAUGUUCAGUUCAUAAGUGUUCCACUUUCUACACUGAGAAAUGUCUCGAAAGAAGAAUUCGAGGCCAAGAUUGAAGAGCUAAGGAUUUUACUAAAAACCUAUAUACACAGAGGGGUUGUUUUAUAUUUAGGUGAUCUUGAAUGGAUAUCUGAGUUUUGGACUAAAGUACACAAUGAGAAAAAAAAUAACUACAUGAUAUUGGUGCUUAGUAGACUGUUAUGUGGUGAAAUGAGUGAAAAUGGAAGGCUGUGGCUUAUGGGAAUUGCUAGUUUUCAGACUUAUAUGAAAUGUAAAACUGGCUGUCCUUCUCUACAGACUCUUUGGGAUCUUCAUCCUUUUACAAUUCCUGUUGUCAGCUUGGAUCUCAGCCUUAAUCUUGAAAGUGAUCUGCAUAGUCACUUUAUAAGCAAGACAACUCUAGAUGGAGUCAAGAAGCAGCUAACUUGUUGUGCUGAUUGUGUGGCCAACUUCAACAGAGAAGCUCAAAACAUCAUCAUGAGCAAUGUAGUCAAAACUGAGUCUACUACAUCUUAUUACAGCAGUUCAAGUUUGCCUUCAUGGCUUCAAAAGUACAAAGAAGUGAAUAGACAAGAUAACAACAGCAAUCAGAUUUUUCAGGAAUCAGAAGAAAUGAAGAAUCUUUGCAAGAAGUGGAACUUUAUUUGCAGUUCUGCCCACAAACAUGAUCAUAACUUUAUAGAGAAAGGCUUUUUUAGUCCAUCUUCAUCAUCUCCUUGUUCCUCUACUUCAAUAUCAUCUUCAUCAAACACAUCAAAGAACGAACAUCAAUUCUUGAAUACAAAGCCUGAGCUUCUAUCCAAUCCCAAUUCAAUUCCCAAUUCAGCUUCAUCAAGUGAAGAAAGUGAAUAUAUUGAGCACUUAGAUAGGUUUAAGGAGUUGAAUCCAAAGCUAUGCUGCUCCGACUCUCCAGAAAUGUUGUUACAUUCGUGUCGAAUCCUCCAGAAAUGCACGCACCCGUCGACCUUUUUGAACAAUUCGAGCAACAUGAAGAUUCUUUGCAAGGCAUUGGAGAAAAAAGUUCCAUGGCAAAAAGAUAUAAUCCCUGAUAUAGUUAGCACAAUUCUUGAAUGUAGACACAAAAUGGAAGAAACUUGGCUUUUGUUCUUAGGUGAUGAUUCUCAAGGCAAAGAGAAAAUUUCAAGGGAGUUAGCUAAAAUAAUCUUUGGCUCUCAAGAUAACUUCAUUUCCAUUGGAUUAAGUAUAUUUUCAUCAUCAACAAGAACAGAUUUAACUGAUCAAGAAGCCAGUAACAAAAGAUCCCGAGAUGAGCGAGGUCAGAGUUAUCUCGAGAGGUUUGCAAAUGCAAUUCAAGAAAAUCCUAGCAGAGUAUUCUUCAUGGAAGAUAUGGAUCAAGUUGAUUCUUUUUCACAAAAGGGUAUUCAAAAAGCUAUUGAAACUGGAAAAUUAACACUUCCUAAUGGUGAUUUAGCGUUAAUUAAAGAUUCUAUAGUCAUUUUCAGCUGUGAAGAGGACUUUAGUUCAAUUUCAAGAACAUGUUUUCCUACAAAUAUUCAGAAAUUUAGUGAAGCAAAAAGAGAAAAUGAUGCUUCAUUGGAUUUGAAUAUUGCCACUGGAGAAAAUAGGGAUGAAAAUUUUGUAUAUGAUUUUGGUAUUUUUGAGUCAGUGGACAAACAAAUCAUGUUCAAGAUGUAAGUAUUAUUGUGAGAUGGAAAUGAGAAAAUUCUAACUUUCUUUGUGGUA